UCCACAUCGACUGCACUUGUCGAAGGACGGAUAAUGAGUUCAGCCGGUCCGUUUGACCCUUUGUGAGGGUUAAAGUAUAUUUUAAAGCUGCCUAACUCUAGCAACCCCCUGACGCCGCGUCAAAAUGAUGCGCUUCCUGCUGCUCUUCAGUCGCCAGGGGAAGCUGCGCCUGCAGAAGUGGUUCACGGCGAUGACGGAUCGGGAAAAGAAAAAGAUCAUCAGGGAAAUGACCACCAUUGUGUUGGCACGGCAACCACGUUCCUGCAACUUCCUGCAGUGGAAAGACCUGAAGAUCAUUUACAAGAGGUAUGCAAGCUUAUAUUUCUGCUUGGGUGUAGAGAACCAGGAGAACGAGCUAUUAGCCCUCGAGAUUAUCCAUCGCUAUGUGGAGCUGCUGGACAAAUACUUUGGCAAUGUGUGUGAGCUGGACAUUAUCUUUAACUUCGAGAAGGCCUAUUUUAUCCUGGAUGAGUUUUUAAUGGGGGGAGAGAUACAAGAAACCUCUAAGCAGACUGUGAACCGCGCCAUUGAAUCCUCUGACAUGUUGCAGGAGGAUGACCACAGUGAGUGGUAUGAGGUGGAGCUGUUUGGACCUUGAAUAUGGACAGACAGACUAUGGAGGAGUAUAUGAGCAAGCCUGCGUUUUAACCUGCAACGAGAAAGGGACGGCAGGAAUCCACACAUCAGAUGUACUGUAUAUGCGUCAAUGAAGAUUCUGAAAAUUAAUUUACUCACUGAACCUUUAAAA